GCGUGUUAUCACUCAAUAUCGUGUCUAUUUUAUUACUGUGUUUGCUGCCUUGUUUUGCCGCAUGGACAUUUGCGGUCUGCGUACGCCUUUAAAUCUUUGAGUAUUCCUUGCUUAAACAUUUUGUUCUUGAAUUUUAGAACGUGGAUAUCAUUUAUACAGAAGGGAUACAAAACAUUGCACAAGCAUUAACAUGGAAAAAAAUCCCCAGCAGCCAUUGGUUCAUUGGUUGUAUUGUCUGGCAGUUGUAUGCGUUGUGUACGUGGGUCUAGCCACAGCCUACGACUUGCACGCGUCGCCGAAAAUAAAAAUGGAUAUGGCGGAAUUAGGUGAAAAAGGUUCCAAGAGCAUAAUCGAUGAUCAUUUUUGCGACGAUGACGUUACAAUUGUGAAAAUCAAUGGCGUCACAGCAAGCCAUCUACGGAAACGAGAUGCUCGAGGGAAACUCAAAAACGAAACGAGCAAAGUGAUUCCAAGCACAUCUGAAAAGAUCUCCUUCGAAGAUUUAGAAAAGAUCUAUCUAAUCAAUAAAACCAUGAACUACUUGGUGCAGAUCUACUUCUCCGCUAUUUACCUAAACGACACAAUAAACAACGUGACGUCAUCGACGGAUAUGACGUCAAAUCACAGCGUCGCAAACACUAUCAGAACAAUUCCUCUUCUAAACCGCAUGCUUCAGCAACUGAACGACAUGCCCGACUUGAACUCGCUGCGAGCCGUUCUUGGGGGCGUGACACACUCGGUAUCUUCCGGCCAAGUACAAUCCGCUGACCUCACGAGUUUCUGUUGCAACAUGGCCGGAUGACGUCGGAUAACUAUUCGUUUUGGAAUAGAAGAAAAGAAUACCGAACGCACCAUUGUAUUGUGACGCUUUCAUGUUGCAACAUUUUAAUGUACACAAAUCUUGGCUGUUCUUGUUUUUAGUUCAACUUUAAAUAUAUUACGUUUGAUAUCGACACUGUAAGCUUGAAUAGCAUGCAAUGUUUAAAUGUAAUUUCAUUAGUUUGUGUUGAAAUGUAGUGUCGACGUUAAAUUAAUGCAUAACUCACAGAUAUUUUAAA